UGUCCUGUGGCUGCUGCGCGCUGAAACCAACUGAGACAGAGGAUUUUUCGGGAACGGAGGGCUUUUGGAGUGCGACUUCAUACAAAGUGACAGGAUUCUACGAGAGCUUUGCAGUGAACAGGUUCUGCAGGUUCUGCAUGGCAACCAGGAGUGAGAUCCAAGACAAGGAAGUAUGUUCAGGCACCUUUGAACCUCGAACUAAAGACAGUCACAACCAACAGGUGCAAGAGAUGACUGCAACACAGAAGAUGAUCUUGAGGGUCAUUCUCACAGAGGCGGAUAUAAGAAAAGUCAGCCUAAAUGCAAAGCCUGCUACGGUAGAGGAUUUGAUUAGCAAGCUCAAAGAAUCUCUGGGGCUUGAUUACAACUGCAUUCUCCAGUUCCAGGACCCUGAAUUCAAUUAUGAACUAUGUAAUCUGACUGAUAUUGCUGAUCUUCCAGAAAAACCAACAAUCAAAGUCAUCCCUCUGCUUGAACUAGUACCUAUCUCAGCAUCAGCAGAAAUAUCGAGUGACACUCACAGUACAACAGAUACAGAGAUCCUCUCACCCUCCCCUCAGGAGCGACAGAUAGGGUGGCCAGAAUUCUUUGAUAUCCCAAACUUUUCUGUUGAUGUUGAGUAUCGUCUGAGGCAAGCAGAUCUAUUAUACGUAAAGGACAGAACACUCUUUAAAGUUUCAAAGGAAGUCAAACAUGAGAUCCUUGAAAAAUUGGCUGAGAGCAUGUAUGGCUAUACAGCAUAUCCAAAUAAUGCUCAGUUUGAAAGUGUGGCAACGGCACUGAUAACUAAGCACCCCUGUCUCCAGGAACAAGGCUCAUCCAGUCGCUGCAGUGGUUGGAAAAAUAGUUUAAAAUAUAAAAUGGCUAAUUACAGAACCAAGCGAAGACGAUCAGGAUGCCUUGAUGUUGCAGUAAAUUCAGGCAAACGUGGGAGGCACUCACCAGAAGGAGUACCUGCUAACAAGCAUAUCAAGAAGGCCAAGAAAGGUGAACUGAACUACUUGCCCAACUUUCCAGAUGGUUUUGAUCAGGCAGGCCUUGAAGAUGCUCGCAAAAAGUUGGUUGAUGAAAUGCAAAAGAGAACACCAGACAGAUGGCUUGUGAAACAAAAGAUGGACCUGACAUUUGCAUUAAGAAGAAAAGAGGUGGUGGAGUCUGAACCUGCCAUAAGCCUGAUGAUGGAGCGAUGGCCUGCUAUUUUCACAGAAGAUCAGGUGUACAUGGAGUUCAGCAGGAUUGUGGGCAAGAAUCUUAAGCAGGAGUUCUAUGAAGGAAUUGAUCAACACAGUUCUCGUCUUAUGGAGAUAUUUCGCUCAAAGAGAGGGAAUGUUGGGCAGAUGUUGACUCUGCUUUUACAACAGAUCAGGACUAAUGAGCCGACUGACAUCCGCACACUGGUGCUCAGAGGACUUCCUCUUCUGCUUGGUGACAACCCUACAGACUUCUACAAAACAUACAUCGGUGAUGAUGGCGACUCGCUCCACCAAGUUGACAUUGGGAUCCUCAUUGUUGAACAGGAAGGUCCAUCAUCCUUUAAGAUUGUCAUUGAGGGAGAAACUGUCAUGGACAGUCUUCAAGACCUGCCAAAGGCUGUGUGCAUCCUGUUUGGACUGAUGUACGCAUUACACCUUAACUAUCCCAAGUCCAUGAGAAACACCUUCCAGUUCAUCCAGCAGGUACUCCUGAUGUUGGGCCAUACUGACCUGAAACCUAGAUUACAAACAUUGAGAAACCAGCUGACAAUUUAAAGGAUGCUAAAUCAAGCACACUGUGAAAGCCAUGGCUAGUUUGUUCAAUUGCAUGUCAUGUGUACAGGGUGAACUACGUUUGAAUCAAAGGCCAUACAAAAAUGUAUACAAGGCCAUAUACCAGAAAACCUCAAGCUGUACCUGUUUGGUCUGCCUGUAUUAAGGUGCAAAUAUUUGCUUUCCAGAUUUUGUGGAUUUGUUCUGACCAUUAUUUUGUUGAAUACUAUAAUGAAUGCAAUGCUUUUACUUCUCUUUAUUCUGCCAUCUAUUAGAUCUGAUGCAGGCAUAUCUCCAGCUGAUGAUUGUUUAUAUUUUUUUUUGUGUUCAAUCACAUGUUCUAAUAUUUUAUGAAAGACCAGAGAAAAUUUUCUGUUUUCAUAUAAGCAGUUUGUUUGAAAUGGCACAAAGAAACUCCAACAAAUGAUGUAUGGAAGAACUUACCUGCCUUGAUCAUAAGACCACCAACCUGGCCUCAACUUUCAAACUUUACUGAGGCAGGAAAAAAAGGUUUUGAUUUUUGUUUGUCCACUGUAAACUUCAUGAUUUUACUUUACAAUUUUGGCAAGUUCAUGUUGGUGCAUCCAAUUAUUAGGAAAUAAAACAUGUUGCAACUACUGAA